AUGGAGAAGGGGAGCGGCCAUGUGUUCCAUCAAUCUAGUAUAAUAACUUUCUGGAGCAGCAGUCUUCAAAUCAGUCCCACCUCAAAUCAAUCUAGGAUUCAAGAAUCUAUACUUAUACCUGUUAGUCACGAACCAGAGAAUGUCGAAUCCGAAUCGGCUGUUUCUCCAUCCAAAACCCCAAAGGUUUUCCCUUUUAUAAAAGCAUUAAGAACCAUAGACAAUAAGAGUGACCUCUGUGGUGGAAGGUACGUUUAUGUUCAUGAUCUUCCUUCCAGAUUCAAUGAAGAUAUGGUGAAGGAAUGUGGUAGCAUUAACAGAUUCUUCGAUAUGUGUAAGUUCAUUAAGAAUUCUGGGCUUGGACCGCCAUUAGAGAAUACGGAAGGUGUGUUUUCAGAUAAUGGAUGGUACGCCACCAAUCAGUUCACCCUCGACGUCAUCUUCAGAAACCGAAUGAAACAAUACGAAUGCUUGACCAACGAUUCGUCAAUGGCAGCCGCCAUUUUCGUCCCAUUUUACGCAGGGUUUGAUGCUUCGAGAUAUCUUUGGGGGUAUAACACAUCCGUAAGGGAUGCUGCGUCGCUUGAUCUUGUUGAUUGGUUGCAGAAUAGAGAUGAAUGGAAAGUGAUGAACGGAAAAGAUCAUUUUCUCGUCGGAGGAAGAAUCACUUGGGAUUUCAGGAGAUUAAGCAACAAAGACACCGAUUGGGGAAACAAGUUCUUAUUCUUACCAGCUUCCAAGAACAUGUCAGUUCUUCUCAUAGAAUCAAGUCCAUUUAAUUCAAACGAUUUCGCCAUUCCAUACCCUACUUACUUCCAUCCAUCAAAAGAUUCCGAUGUUUUCACUUGGCAAAACCGGAUGAUGAAACUUGACCGGAAAUGGCUGUUCUGUUUCGCCGGAGCUCCACGUCCAGGUAACCCGAAAUCAAUUCGAAGUCUUUUAAUCGAUCAAUGCAAGAAUUCAAACUCGGGGAAGCUUUUAGAAUGUGGAAAUGAUGUAAGCAAGUGUCAUUCCCCAAGUAAUAUAAUGAAAAUGUUUCAACGUUCGGUUUUCUGCUUACAACCACCUGGCGAUUCAUAUACACGAAGAUCAGCUUUCGAUUCGAUUUUGGCGGGUUGUAUCCCGGUUUUCUUUCAUCCCGCUUCGUUUUACACGCAGUACACGUGGCAUCUCCCGAAGAAGUAUACAAAAUAUUCCAUUUUUAUCCCGGAAGACGACAUUCGCCGGAAUAUCAGCAUCGAACAGCGGUUAGGUCAAAUCGAUUCCGAAACUGUAAAGAUGAUGAGGAAGGAGGUGGUGAAUUUGAUUCCGAGGUUGAUAUAUGCCGAUCCUCGUUCCAGAUUGGAGAGUUUAAAAGACGCAUUUGAUCUAUCUGUGGAAGCGGUUAUCAACAAGGUGACGAAAUUGAGAAGGGAUUUGGUUGCUGGGCGGAGGAAUAAUGGUGGUUUUAUUGAAGAACUUAGUUGGAAAUAUGCGUUGUUAGAAGAAGAAGAUGAGGAGGAGACUAUGGGUGUUCAUGAAUGGGAUCCCUUUUUCUCUAAACCAAAACAGCAAACAUGA